CCAAAAUAAUUACGUAGUAUCUGCAUAGAUUUCAAUGGCAAGUAGGCCGCCGUAACUGGGUGUUUGGUUGGACUCGGCGAGAAAGAGAGAGAAAAUAAAAGAGAAAACGGGCUCCAAGAAAGAUUCAUUGCAUGUGCAGUGCAUAAGUUGUCAGAUAAUGUAUCUGCAGCAAAGAAUUUUAGAUAAGUAAUCAGAUAGAAAUUUCUUAACACGGCAUUUUUCGUUUUUAUCUUUUCCCAAACCAAAUAUAUAGAACUAUGGUAUUCUGUUUCGGCUAACACAGAUUUCCCUUCUUCUUCCUCUACGUAUUCCUUUUUCUCCCCGUUUAAGUAUUCUUACGUCGGAACAAGUUCUGAUGCAUUCAAGCUUUCAAGGGAUACACUUGGUCUGCGUUCUUCUCGCGUUUUCUCUUUUUGGGUGUUUUAUUUUCGGGUCGGAGGAUUAUCUGAAAGGUUUAUUCUUUGGGAUUCAACCAUGCCUGCUCUUGUUAAUUACGGUGAUGAUGAUGAUUUCUACUCCGGGGGUUCCUUUUAUACAAAGUCCAGUGACUUGGGUAGAUUGUGUUCAAUCAGUUCCCAAUUGGACGUGUACUACCCUCCUCAUAAAAGAGCUCGUAUUGGUGCCCCGUUUCUCUUUGGAGAAACAGAGGUCGAGCAUAAUAAGCAACCAUCAAUCGAUGUUCUUCCUGAUGAAUGCCUUUUCGAGAUCUUUAAGCGCAUUCCUGGGGGCAGAGAAAGGAGCUCCUGUGCUUGUGCCUCAAAGCACUGGCUUAUGCUUAUGACCAGCAUCCGUAAGGGCGAAUAUGAGUCAUCCAAGGUGGUCAAGGAAAAUAUUAGUUCAAGCUCUGAUGAUGUUGAGACUAUCUCGUCUGGGGAAGCUGAUGGUUAUCUUUCAAGGUGCUUAGAAGGAAAGAAAGCAACUGACAUGAGGCUUGCUGCGGCUGCUGUUGGAGCGAGCGGUCAUGGUGGUUUGGGAAAGCUUUCUAUUAGGGGAAGCAGCUCUUCGUGUGGAGUCACUAAUUUUGGGCUAUCUGCUAUAGCCCGUGGUUGCCCUUCUCUCAAGGUACUUUGUUUGUGGAACGUCCCGCAUGUUGGAGAUGAUGGUCUGUCUGAAAUAGCUAAAGAAUGUCAUUCGUUGGAGAAGCUUGACCUUUGCCAGUGCCCUUCUGUUUCAAACAAGGGGCUAAUUGCCAUCGCAGAGAACUGCCCUAAUUUGACUGCUCUGAGCAUCGAAUCUUGCCCAAAGAUUGGUAAUGAGGGCCUCCAUGCUAUUGGAAAGCUCUGCCCCCAGCUGCAUGCCAUCUCUAUCAAGGACUGCCCACUUGUUGGCGAUCAUGGAGUAUCAAGCCUGCUGUCAUCAUCUUCUUCUGUCCUUUCAAAGGUUAAGCUUCAGGGUUUGAGCAUCACAGAUUUUUCUCUUGCUGUGAUUGGACACUACGGCAAGUCUGUGACAAAUUUAGUUCUCAGUGGUCUACAAAAUGAGACCGAGAAGGGAUUUUGGGUGAUGGGUAAUGCUCAGGGCCUGCAAAAAUUGGUCUCUUUGAUGAUUACUUCUUGCUGUGGGGUAACUGAUGUUAGUCUUGAAGCCAUUGGAAAGGUGUGCAUAAACCUGAAGCAGAUGUGCCUUCGUAGGUGUUUCUUUGUUUCUGGUGAUGGAUUGGUGGCUUUUGCCAAGUCUGCAGGUUCUCUUGAGUGCCUGCAAUUGGAAGAGUGCAACAGGGUCACUCAAGCCGGAAUUAUCGGUGUUCUCUCAAACUGUGGAUUAAAAUCUCUUACCAUAGUGAGGUGCAUGGGCUUUAAGGAUAUAUCAUUGGGAGCUCCUUUGUCCUCCCCAUGCAAUUCCCUUAAAUCAUUGUCUAUAAGGAACUGUCCUGGAUUUGGAACUGUCAGCCUGGCUUUGGUAGGCAAAUUGUGCCCUCAACUUCAGUAUAUAGAUCUGAGCGGGCUAUGCGGCAUCACAGAUGCAGGUCUUCUGCCUCUUCUACAGAAUUGUGAGGCAGGACUUUUAAAGGUGAAUCUGAGUGGCUGCUUAAAUUUGACCAACGAGAUCAUUUUAGCCUUGACGAAAAUACAUGGUGCAACCCUCGAAAUGCUCAAUCUUGAUGGUUGCAGGAGGAUUACAGAUGCAAGUUUGGUUGCAAUUGCAGACAAUUGUGUUUUCCUAAGCGACCUGGAUGUGUCAAGGUGUGCAAUCACCGAUGCUGGUGUUGCUGCCUUGUCUCAUGCAGAGCAACUGCAUCUGCAAGUCCUUUCGUUUUCGGGUUGUUCUGGAGUAACAAACAAAAGCUUGACCUUCCUGAAAAAAUUGGGCAAGACCCUGAUGGGGCUGAAUCUCCUGCAAUGCAAUUCAAUCAGCACUCAAACCGUUGACCUGCUCAUGGAGAGCUUGUGGAGAUGUGAUAUCCUUUUCUGAUCGUGGGUUGAAGGCGCUGUUAAGCCAGAUCCGAACAACUA